GUGACACUUGCUGUUUCUUAUUUCCCUCCCCAGUACUCUCUCCUUCUUUCUAUAUAUAUAAAUAUACAGACACACACGUUAUACAUAUACACAACAACACAUCACAAACACAACACAAACACAUUUCUGAUUUCUCCAUUGUUCUCACUUCUCAAAACAUUAACCAAAAAAAAACAAAAAAAAAACUCAGAUUAAAUGGAAGUGAGUAGCGUAGACGAGAGUACUACGAGUACAGGCUCAAUCUGUGAAACCCCGGCGAUAUCUCCGGCGAAAAAGUCGUCGGUAGGUAAUAAUAAUUUAUACAGGAUGGGAAGCGGAUCAAGCGUGGUGUUAGAUUCAGAGAACGGCGUCGAAGCUGAGUCUAGGAAGCUUCCGUCGUCAAAGUACAAGGGAGUGGUGCCGCAACCAAACGGAAGAUGGGGAGCUCAGAUUUACGAGAAGCACCAGCGCGUGUGGCUCGGUACUUUCAACGAAGAAGACGAAGCCGCUCGUGCCUACGACGUGGCGGUCCACCGGUUCCGCGGCCGUGACGCCGUCACGAAUUUUAAAGACGUGACGUUGGACGAGGAAGAGGUCGAGUUCUUGAAUUCACAUUCGAAAUCUGAGAUCGUUGAUAUGUUGAGGAAACAUACUUACAACGAAGAGCUAGAGCAGAGCAAACGGCGCCGUAGCGGUAACGGAAACACGGUUAGGACGAUGCUAACGUCGGGGUUGAGCAAUGAUGGUGUUUCGACGACGGAGUUUAGAUCGGCGGAGCCACUGUUUGAGAAAGCGGUUACGCCAAGCGACGUCGGGAAGCUAAACCGUUUGGUUAUACCUAAACACCACGCCGAGAAACAUUUCCCGUUACCGUCAAGCAGCGUUUCCAUGAAAGGAGUGCUGUUGAACUUUGAGGAUGUUAACGGGAAAGUGUGGAGGUUUCGUUACUCGUAUUGGAACAGUAGUCAGAGUUAUGUCUUGACCAAAGGUUGGAGCAGGUUCGUUAAGGAGAAGAACCUACGUGCUGGUGAUGUGGUUAGUUUCAGUAGAUCUAACGGUCAGGAUCAACAGUUGUACAUUGGGUGGAAAUCGAGAUCCAGUUCGGAGUUAGAGGCGGGUCGGGUUUUGAGGUUGUUCGGAGUUAACAUUUCACCGGCGGGGAGUUCGAGAAACGACGUCGUAGGGAACAAGAGAGUGAACGAUACUGAGAUGUUAUCGUUGGUGUGUAGUAAGAAGCAACGCAUCUUUCACGCCUCGUAACAACUCUUCUUCCUUUUUUUUUUCUCUCUUUUCUUUUUUUUUUCUUAAUAAAAAAAAUUAGUUCAACUUUCGUAUAUUUUUUUUUUCUUAUUGCAUCGAUUUCUUCUUGUUUACCAAAGGUUCAUGAGUUUGUUGUAUUGAUGAACUGUAAAUUUUAUUUAUAGGAUUACAAAGAGUUACUUAUUAGAUGACUCAAGAGUUUUAUUAGCAUGAGAUGAUGAGAAUGUUUUCACCAAAUCUUUACCUUGUUUCUUUCAUUUUAUGUUGUAUGGGAACGAGUGUUGGUUUAUAAUAUAUAUGAAUGCAUUAGCUA